AUGGAUCCAGGGCGUGUGGUCCUGAGUGUGCGCGUGCGCAGCUACGUGUCGGGCGUGACGCUGCUGGGCGCGCCGGCCGAGGUGUACGUGUUCGGCGGCGACUUCGCGCUGGCGGCGCUGGGGCUGGCGCUGGCGGCGGCGCUGCACGCGCUCGUCUUCCUGCCCACGCUGCACCGGCUGCGCCUCACCUCCGCCUACGAGGGCGGGCUGCGCGCCGUGGUGUGGGCGGACGUGGCGCAGACGGUGGCCAUGGUGGUCGGGGUGCUGCUGGUGGCCGCCAAGGGCACCGCUGACGCCGGCGGCUUCGGCGCCGUGUGGAGCCGCGCCCGCGACGGAGGACGCCUCGACCCGCCGCAGUGGAGCGUGGACCCGACGGUGCGGCACUCGGUGUGGGCGGUGCUGCUGGGCGGAGGCGCCUACUGGCUGCAGGCCAACGCCGUCAACCAGAACCAGGCACAGCGCUACCUCGCCCUCCCCACGCUGCGCAGCGCCAGGAUCGCCGCCGCCCUGUUCGCAGCGGGCGCGGGCGCCAUUGUGCUCCUGUGCUGCUACUGCGGCCUGCUGCUGUACGCCUUCUUCCACGACUGCGAUCCCAUCUCCUCGCGGUUGGUGCAGCGGCCGGACCAGCUGCUGCCGCUGCUGGUGGCGCGCACGGUGGGCGCGUGGCCGGGGCUGCCGGGCCUCUUCGUGGCGGCCAUCUUCAGCGCCGCCCUCAGCUCGAUGUCGACGGCGCUCAACUCGCUGGCGGCGGUGGCGCUGGAGGACUUCUACCGGCCGCUGUGGGCGAUGGCGGCGGCGGAGGGGGCGGAG